AUGACACAGGAAAAGACGAGAGUUUUGGUUGUCGGCACUGGCGGUGUCGGCACGAUGUCCGCCUAUGCACUUCAGCAGGGGGGCAAGGCCGAAGUCACGGCGGUCAUUCGAUCGAAUUAUGAGGCCGUGCUGAAGAACGGCAUCAGCAUCGACUCUGUCCAGUAUGGUGACGGCAUCAAGGGAUGGAGACCGACGCAUAUUGUCAAGGCCGUUCCGAACGUGGCACAGGAGAACCUGCCCCCCUUCGAUUUCAUCCUAGUGACGAUCAAGAACAUUCCGGACAUCUCGCCCACUGUUUCCGAUGUGAUUGAGCCCGCCGUGACGCCGGGUAAGAGCGCCAUCGUUCUCUCCCAGAACGGUCUCAACAUCGAGAAACCGGUGGUCGCACGUUUCCCCAACAACCCGAUCAUCAGCAGCGUGUCGUACAUCGGCGCGAUGCAGGGCACUGACGGGUACGUCCUGCAUGAUGACCCCGACGAACAGAAGAUCGGACCUUUUAGCACACCUGGGGUCCCCGCGCAGGCGGCCGAAGAGGCGGCAAAGCGCUACAUCGACGUGUACAACCCGCACGGCAAGCUGGACAUCAUCUUUGACGCCGACAUUCGGCGCACGCGCUGGCGCAAGCUGAUCUACAACGCGUCGUAUAACUCGAUCGCGACGAUCUUGCGACUGGACACGCCACGCAUGCGGAUGAGCGGGCAUAUCAUCGACGACCUCAUCCGGCCCAUCAUGCGGGAGGUGAUUGCCGCCGCACGGGCCAACGGCGUCACGGAUCUUGCCGAUGACCUGCCCGAGACCGUGAUCCGGACCGACCCGCUUCACACGGCGUUCAAGCCAUCCAUGUGCCAGGACAUUGAAAAGGGCAACUUCAUCGAGAUUGAGAACAUCGUGGGCGAGCCGCUGCGCGAGGGCGAGGACAAGGGAGUCUCGAUGCACACGCUGCGGACUGUGUACGGCGUGCUCCGGGGCUUGCAGCUCAAGGUCAAGGAGAGCAAGGGCUUGUGGGAGCCAAAGUUUAGCGCCGAUAACCCCUACCAAUAG